AUGUAUUUAUCAUUCUAUAUUACAGAUAUAAAGAACAAACUUGUUUUCCAGUAUCUUUUAGGCGCAACAGCUCCCUCGUUCAAACACCUGUGGACCCGCGUUCAAUCCACAUGCCCUCAAUUACUCGAAGAUAGCAGUAGUGAUAAUUAUUUAGAUCAUGCAAUGGUUGGGAGAGAUCUAGAGGUCUAUAAAUAUUUUUCGGUCACAAAUAAGCUCAAUUAUUGGUGCUUAGCCUCCACUUCCAAAUCAAAAGGGCCACUUGAUUGUUUUACCUUUUUGGAGACUAUAGAUCGUAUCCUGUUAGAGUAUUUUGACAAGGAUCAAUUGAGCAUCAAGAAGCUUGUUAAUAAUUAUGAUAGAAUCAGUUUGAUCUUUAAUUGUUGCAUCGAAGCCGGUGAACCGAACGUCAGUGAUAUGCUCUACGUUAAUAAAAUCAAAGAAGCUGUUCCUGAAAGAUCGGAUUUAUCGAAGUUCAUAAGUUCUACGGCCCAUAAUUUACAGCAGGCUGUGCAACUCCCACAACAAAGACAACAGCAGUUACAACAAAAUCAGAUUUCUCGUGGUAGUAUUUCACUAGUCGAAAAUGAAGAGAUUGUUCCCUGGAGAACCUCAAGGGCUAGCAAACAUGAGAAUAAUGAGCUUUAUGUGGAUUUGUUAGAGAGGUUCCAUGUUGUUUUUGAAAAGAAAAAAUCUCAUCUAAGGUUGAUCACUGGAAAUAUUCAUGGAACAGUGGACGUAAGAUCUUAUUUGAAUGACAAUCCCCUAGUUUCAGUAAAGUUAAACACAAUGGGGAAUGAUAUAGGUAUACCCAGUUUGCAUGAGUGUGUUGAAAUCAAUGAUGGUGUGUUUUCUCCCUCCAAUAUAGCAUUUAUACCACCAGAUGGGAAGUUCAGACUAUUAGAGUAUUCCGUCGACUUGAAUUCUCAAGUAAAGCAAUCCGGAGUAAGGAUGAAUUCUAUUGGCUUGAUGUCGUUACACUUCCAAAAUGGACUGGGCAAAGAUUCCGAUGAAUUUGAGCUCUCAUUAAAUAUUGAAAAUUUCAAAAAAGUUCCACAGAUUGAUGACCUAAAAUUGGAUUUACAGUUCAAUGUUGAGAAUGCUGAUCCAAGUGAAGUAGCAUAUAAGAUCAAAAUUUUGCGCAAUACGCAUGGCCGUUUUGAAAAUAGCAUCAUUAUGGGGCAAGGGCAAUGGAUUUUUGAUAAAUCAACUGCUACAGGAACGGUACCUGUACUACGUGGCUGCAUUGAAUAUGAAAGUGCUGGACCAAAUGACACAAGAAAUAUUGAUUUACAGACAGUCUCACUAGAAUAUUCGUAUUUGGGACAAUCAGCAAGUGGAAUCUAUGUAGAGGCCAUCGAUAUCAUAUCUGGAUUAACAAUUGGCAAAAACACAAAACUGUACAAGGGUGCAAAGUAUAAGACCCAAACAGGCGAUUUUCAGGUAAGGCUGUAG